AUGGCUAGCAGGAGUAGACCGAAGAUCAAGGUUUUAGUAGCGUUCGUCGUGUUCCUUGGACUUUAUGCUUACUACCACAGCCCUGGUAGACAAAAUGAGACACAGAUAGCUGAUUUGAAGUCAAACGUAGGGUCAACACCUCAGGUUCCCCUUUCUGACCACCAAGAGGAAGAAUUGACCCACACGUUACAACAGGCUCAAGAAAUCAAGAAAUAUUCUAUUUUCUUCAAAGAUUUGGAGAACUACGAUCCGCAGAUCCCAUCCUUGAAGGACAGCUACCACCUGGAACGUGCCAAAGAGAAGUUCCAUCUGGAUAGCGAUGUUUUUAUGUCCAAAGAGUACUUAUCAAGUGUCAUGGACUUGCCAGAGUCAUCCAUCAAGGCCCUCACGGACUCACAUGCAUCAUAUCUUGAUGUGCAUGUCAACAAGUUGAUCGAAAACUUGGGAAUCAAAACGUUUGGGAACAUUCUCCCACUGGAUCCUGAAUGGAGCUCGUACGAGGGAUCUUCUGGGUACGUUAUCAUUGGAGGUGGUGAAUACUCAUGGAUGGCGUACCUUGUCGUGCAACAGAUCCGUAAGGUUGGGUCAAAGUUACCCAUAGAAAUCUUUAUCCCUAGACAAGACGAGUAUGAAAAGGAAUUCUGUGAGGAAGUUCUCCCCAAAUAUAAUGCCAGAUGUAAUGUUUUUGAUGACGAGUUAGCGGCAGAUUUAAAGACCAGAUUUGAGAUCGGUGGAUACCAGUAUAAAUUGCUUGCCCUUCUUAGUUCCAAGUUUGAAAAUAUUUUGUAUUUUGACUCAGAUGGUUUCCCAGUAACCAAUUUGGAUCACUUCUUCACUUCUGACUUGUAUAAGGAGAAAAACAUGAUCUUAUGGCCAGAUGCCUGGGCAAGAACUACCAAUCCUGCCUUCUACGACAUCUCCAAAUUGAAAGUUAACGAAAACAAGAAACUUUUCUUCAAUGAUUACGAUAAAAAGAUAGCCAAGGAAGAAAACGAAGGAAACUUGUAUGACAAACUGCACUACAAUUUCAAGAAUAGUUGGUUUCAUACCUUUGAAGGUUCUCUUCCUGAUCCGACUUCGGAAACCGGAAUCUUAAUGAUAAACAAGACUACUCAUUUGAAAACUUUAUUAUUGUUUUUGUAUUAUAACGUGUUUGGCCCCAAGUUCUAUUACCCAUUGCUUACCCAAGGUGCAGCUGGUGAAGGUGAUAAGGAGACAUUUAUUGCAGCAGCUACUGUGAUGAACGAGCCUUACUAUCAAACUGAAAAGGGUUUCAGAUGGGUCGGAUACUUUCGUGAAGAGUCUGGAGCCUUUUCGUCGAAGGCUUUGGGUCAUUUUGAUCCGUUGGAAACAUAUAAGACGCCAAAUGGCGAUGACAUAAAUAUCAUUUUCAUGCAUCUUUCGUACCCUAAGCUUUACCCUGGCUGGUUGACCAAUAACUACGAAUUGGUGUACAAAGACACAGGAAAUCACAUCAGGAUGUAUAAAGAUGCUUAUAAGUCAGCAGGAUACGAUUUUGAUUUGAGAAUCAUCCAAAUAUUUGUACAAGGAUUAUGUUCAGAGUAUUAUGACCCGACUACAGGAUUGGCAAUUGACGGAGAAAAAGGUGUCACUAAGGAGGAGAACUUUUUGGGUAAGAAGUUAGAGUACUUGAAACAAAAUGCUGAUGCGGACAAAGAGAGAUGUACGCUGGUAUUUAUACCACAUUUGAAGUGGUUGAAAGAAACUUCUGAAUUUAAGAAAGAUGUUGACAAGAAGGAGGAAGUUAAAGAAAAAGAAGAAGAAGAAGAAGACGUAAAAGAAGAAGAUGUAAAAGAAGAAAAGAAAGAAGAAAAGGCUUCGAAGUAA